AACAGCAGAAAUGACUAACCGAGAAGAAGCUGAGAUACAAAUUUCAGAGUUAGAUUUACUCUCUAGUAUGUUUCCUUACGAGGAAGAGUUCAUUGUGACUGACCAGCUGGCUGUAGCAGAACUGAAACACUAUGUUGAAAACGAGUCUGCAGAGAUGCCAUCUUCAAAAGUUCAGUUCAUACUGAAUGUAAAGCCAGAGGGCUCUAAUGCCUCUAUGGUGGAAUUCUCUAUGGCCUGUGCUUUACCACUUAAAUAUCCAGCUGUUCUACCAGAAAUUACUGUGAGGUCAUCAUUAUUAAGCCGCUCUCAGCAGAUUCGUCUGAACUCUGAUCUAAAAACAUAUUUGAUGCAAAACUGCAGUGGUGAGCCCUGCAUGUUGAGUGCAAGGGAAUGGGUUAAAGACCAUGCAGCUGCAUACAUUGACAAAGAGCUGUCGUCUUCCUCAGUGACAACAUCAAAUGCCGUGCAGUCAGAAGACAUCACGUUCACUCGAUUGUGGAUCUAUAGCCAUCACAUUUACAACAAGCAAAAAAGAAAGAAUAUUAUUGACUGGGCCAAGGAGCUCUCUCUGUCAGGGUUUUGCAUGCCAGGGAAACCAGGUGUUGUUUGUGUAGAAGGUCUACAAAGUAGCUGUGAAGAGUUCUGGUCAAGGGUAAGAAGAUUAACGUGGAAAAGAAUUCUCAUUCGGCACAGAGAAGAUGUUUCUUUGGAAGGUGGAGGACAGGCUGAGGUUCAGAAACAAAGAAAGUUCUCCACUUUGGAAGAAAAAUGUUUUGAUGCACAUGGUGCCAGAGGAAAUCAUAUGGAUUUGGGGCAGCUCUAUCGUUUUUUAGAAGAAAAAGGAUGUGCUGACAUUUUUCAAAUGUACUUUGGGGUUGAGGGACAUUGAAGGGGUGGAAGAUCACCACAGGUCC